UUUAGAUCAGUGCCGGGAUCGCACAAGACAAGGACAGAGCAAAGGGUACAAGAAGAAGGAUUCUUGUCCUCACCUCUGCAUUAAGACGAUGGAGCAGCGGGCAACGCAGUCCAAGGGCUUGCAGUCCUCGACCAACAAUAGGCCUUCACCAUGGGACCAACUGGGCUGGCCAUUCAAGACCUGCUCUCCGUCUCCAGCAGUUACGUGAUGAACAAAUAUUUUGAGAAGACACUGCAUCAAUUCCUGCUAGAAUGAAGAGAAAAAGUUUUGAGUCAGAAGUCAGAAGAAAAAAAAAGCAAGUUCCAUCAUACAUUGCAUAAGAGGAACCCCUGCCUUUGGAAAAAACAAGUGAGGUAUUCCGCACAAGUUUUUGAUAUAGCAGCGAGACGGGGAGAGGGCAGCGAAUUCGCUUGCAGACAAUAAUUCCCAGCAGGAACCCCAAGGCUAAGAGAGAAUGUGGGGAGUCAGCUGUUUGCUGGCGGGAUGCCUCGUGGUCCUUGGAGUCGCCAGCACAGAUCAUUUCUAUCACUCAGGUCGCAGGAUUUGCUCGUCCAAUGCUCGGCCUGAGACAGUGUCAGUGACGCAAUCGUUUGUUCAGCCCGUGUAUAAGCCACUAAUGGUCAUGUGCGAAGGACAAAAGGUCUGCAGUACGUACAGAACAACGUAUAAAGUUUCUUACAGACAAAUGGCUAAAAAGACAUCUUUUCCACUUUAUUCUUGCUGUCCCGGUUGGAGGAGGUCUGAGGCCCACACCCACGGCUGCCAAAAAGUGUCGUGCCAGUCACCAUGUCUGAAUGGAGGGAAAUGUUCUGGGUUUGAUCAGUGCCAGUGCCCCGCUGGUUGGACUGGGAGAUUCUGCCAGACAGACGUUGACGAGUGCCGAGUUGGAAGCACUUUGUGUGCCCAGCAAUGCAUUAACACAGCUGGGAGCUUCCGCUGCCAGUGUCUGGACGGAUUCACGCUCGCUGAGGACAGAAGGACUUGUCUCGAAGUGGAAAUUCCAACACAGCCAGCACUCACUGUCCCACCAACAAAGAAUGUAACAGCUGUUUCAGAUACUGUCAGAGAAGAAAUGAAAGAACUCCAGAACAAGAUCGAGGUUUUAGAACAGAAGCUGCAGCUGAUCUUGGCACCAUUUACCAGCCUCACCAGCCUAUUUAGUGAAGGCGGCACAGAUCCCAUCGCUUUGCUGACGCACUCCUUCCAGCAGCUGGACCGGAUAGACUCUCUCAGUGAGCAGAUCUCCUUCUUGGAGGAACGACUUGGGACCUGUUCAUGCAAGAACACACUUUGAUUGGAUGCCAGUGCAAGAUGGGCAGAUGUCACAUUGAUUACAGGAGAAGUUGGCUUUGUCAUGAUAUAAACAAUAAUGACAUGGAAUACAGGUCUUCCAUUUCACAACCAUAGGAUGAGCAGAGAAUUUUUGAUGGGUUUUGGCUGUGAUGGGUUCUACUACAUUAUCGAUCACAAUCUUGCGGUGACAUUGGGAUCGUUGUUGAACUAUCUAGCUCUUAUCCUAAACCACAAGAAUAUUACUCAAAAGUGAAAAGUUAAAGAGUAAAAAUUCUUGAUGUUGCUCAAGAAAUCCCUUUUUUGUUUUUGCAUCUAAAUCGGGUGGUUCUGUAGCGCGUCUUAAGAUUGAAACCUUGUUGAAUGCCCACAGAUUCUGUUUUAUUUGAGGUAUAAUGUACUAUUUAUCAGCUUGAAAACAUCCAGCAAUAGUUACCUCUUGGCACUUACUAGCAAAUCCACAUACGUGCUUUUCACUAGCGUAACUGGUUGUUAUGGUUGAAGUUCUCAUUGAGAUUUUACGGCUCAUCAUCAGACAAAAUAUCCAGAAUAAGGCCAACACUUCUCUUAUUAUACCAUGGUCAUCUGUGGUUUUUCUAUAUAGGCAAACAGGUAGUCUUUUAGAGGAAAAUUUUCCAAAAAUCCUAAGGGUCAUUUUUGAUAGUAUCUACAAAGGUGCGGACAACCAUCCAAUCAUCUCUCUCUUUAACGGUUAGAGAGUGCCUGUCAUCUCCUGGGAUUUCCUUUAGUUAAAAUACAAAAAGGUUUCUGAAACUAGAUUUAGUUUUGAAAAUCCCAAGUUUCCGAGUUCUUCUGAUUGUAAUUGUUAAAAAUUGACCUGUGUCACAACGAUAUGCCAUUGGAGUUUCAUUGACUAUCAAAAGAUACAGUUAGCUGUUUUAAGGGUAUUCACCUGAUUACGUGUAUUUGGCCAUAUGUACCCCCAAAAACUCUGAACUGCCCUUCCAUUGACAUCAUAUUGAUGUUCUGUAGGGCGGCCAUAUUUCUUUGUACUGCAUUGUUUCAGUUAAUGCUGAGCUGAUCGAGGUCUCUCAUGAUUCCAUAGAGCGGAAUGUGAUUUUACUCACAUUGAUACUGUAUUUUUUUUCCAAGCACACAAUAUUUUCUUUGUUAAAUAUUCAAUGGUACAAUAAAGUGUGAUAGUAAAGUAUUCUAUGAAGUGCAAUUGCAAGUUGAAUGAUAUGUAAUUUUCUGUUUUAUGUGUGACUACACAAUAAAAAUAAUCAAUUAAA